CCUCCAGAUGACUCAUAUGGCCUGCAGACAGCAGAGGCUGAACGUGUGUCGUGCUUAUAUGUGAUGAGUAUAAGACUGUGCCUCAUAGUGUGAGUCCGUCCGCUAGUGACUCAUCGUGAACCCACCACGUGCCAAGAAGUUUGUUUUGUGUUAAGAGACUAGUUAUGGAGGCAACCAUGUACGAGGACGGGUCGUACAACAACUACUCUAAGGAAAGUGUUAACCAGAUGAAACGCAAAUUGACGCUGGAUUUCACCAGACCGUCCAAGAAACAGCGACCAGGAGGCAAUUUCAACCCACUUCUAACUUCCCCGGACCUCAACCAGCUGAAGUUAGCCUCUCCCGAGUUGGAGAGACUGAUUAUGCAGCAGGGCACCGCCAUCCUCAACAGCAACACGGUGACGACGCCCUCCCAAUUCUUCUUCCCGAGCAAAACCGCCACCGUCGAGGAGGAGGAAUUCGCCAAAGGAUUUGAGGACACUUUGGAACAGCUGCACCACCAGGAUGCCAUCUCCACCAGCGGUAGCGGCACGGUCGUCGUGACCAGCGUGGCCCCUUCAGUGUCUUCGGCGCCCCUUCAGUAUACCCAGCUGGAUGUGCCUAUCCACCAACACCACCACGCCCACCACCCCCACCAGCAGGUUCCUGUGACGUCGGGCGCCGCCGUAUCGCUAUCGGUGAGCGAGUCCCAGCACCAUGUGGCGGCGCAUCUGGGCCUGU